AUGGUCCUAAAUGACACAAAAAACACUGUGGUGUCUUUCCAUCGAAUCUCCUCUCCUGUUUUGUUCGUUUACUCUGUGAAUGGCACCUUACUGGCUCGCUCUAUGGUCGUCACCGACCUUGGAGUAACUUUUUCGUCGAGUUUGAACAUGGAAAGUCAAGUUUUAAAGAUAACCAAAAAAGCCAAUGCUACUCUUGGUUUCAUAAUUCGAGUCUCUAGAGAUGGGUUUUCUCCUUGGGCUUUGAGGACAUUGUUUGUGCACCUGAUGCAGGCAUUGUUGGAAUAUUGUUCUCCCCCUGUGGCCCCUUACACCUCUGGACUCAUCAGCGUUAUUGAAAGUGUACAAGUACGAUAG